CCUGCACCGGCGCCCAACGACAGCUUGCAGGAAGAGCAACAGCUGGAAGACAUGCUUGACCGUUUAGACCAGCUGCAGUUAAGGCAGCUUCGCUCGGCGCUUCCGCGCAUGUUGGAGCCCGUGAUGAAACCCAAUCAUCCAACUCCCGAGGUGAUGAUGGCGUCCUUCCUGCAGGCCGUUGACAAAACCAACAAGGACAUUGCAAGUUUCCAGGAGGCUCAUCUCCGCCUGCAGGCUGACGGGGUCUUCCCCAGAGCGCGUGCCAGUCAGAAGAAUUCCAAAGGCCUCAAGCAUUGGCGUGCAAGUGAACACCCGGAUUGGGCCAACCCAGACCGAAAGCGGUCCCAAAUCUCCUGAGCAGGAUUUGUCUACAUAGCUAUUGUAUCUUGGGAUUUAGAAUACCAGGCGUUUUGGAGUUUGUCGGCAAGGAACUACUUAGGUCAUUAGGGUGAGGGAAACAUUCGAUUGGGAACCUAUGCGUAAGAGGGGGAUUUAGAAAGCUAGGUACGAAUGAUCAUCAACUCUCUUUUGGUACACACCGAGACAUUCAUCCCUCUCUCUGGAUCAGGUCCGACGAUGUUUCGGCCAAAAAGGGAGCAUCUGCAACCAGAAACGCAGCCGGUCCCGGGAUGAAGUAAGCGGCACCCGCCAGCUGUGGGGGCAGGCUGCCAGGUGUCAGCCUUCUUGUCGGCAGAGUGGGGCACCACUCAACGCCCACACAGAAAUUUCCAAGCUAGAUCUCAAAAUUCAACCACCUCGCACACCGUGAUUGAGUCGACGG